CAUCCUCAUCUGCAACUUUGCGUCCUUCACAUUCUUUUUCUUCAGGAACUUGCCAUUACUUCAUGAUCCACACAGUUGCCAUGAGGACCAAAGGCAUCUUAAUUUUGUCUGCAUUCAUGCUGAUCCUCCUGAUUCCUGCAUCAUCUUCUACCAACAAUCAAAAUUCUCCUGAGAUAGCCAAUACACCAUCAAUUCAAGCUAUAGGCUUUACACAAACUCCCGCUGGAGAUACACAGAAAAACACCACAUUUCAAACAUCAUCCUCGAUCUUUCGAAGGGUCCUGUCAAUGACAACAAACACAAAUGCACCAAACACAUCCUCCACAUCCCCCACAUCCAAUGCCAAGAAACCAAUAUGGCUUAUUAGUAUUCUGUUGGCCAUCAUAGUGGUGAUGGUGAUUGUGGGAUGUGUCCACCACAUUUGUAACCAGGAGUCAGGUCAGGGCAGCUCUGUUCCCAGGCUCCUAUUGGAUGUGAGGGAGAGUCUGAGAACCUGCAUCAGGAAUCUGGUGGACCAAGUAGGUGUUUGCCUUUGGCUUGGGGACAGGAGAGGAGUGGAGAAUGCUAUGGAGGAAGCAGAGAGAAGAGAGGCAGAGGAGGGAGAAGAGUGGAAGAGUGACGAGAGAGGAGGUAACAGUGACGUAAGCAACAAUGAGAACGGAGAACCGAAGGAGGAAGACAGCGAUACCUCUGAUGACUACUCCAGUACGGAAGGGGACAAUCUGAAGGAGAGGGCACUGAACAGACAGAAUGAAGAGGACAAGGUUGGAGACGAAAUGAGUAGCUCAAGUGAUGAAGGUCAAACUGAUGCAGAAGGAAAGAGUGGCGGAAAUAGAAAUGAAGAUUCUGAAGAGUUGGCACUUGUAAAGUCCCCUCAAGAGGAUGACAAAAAGGUUGAUUUAUGUGAUGUGACUGCGCUGUAGUAAAAUAAUGCAUAAGUGUAAUGUGAAGAAGAUUGUGACAGUUUUAAGUUUGUAAGUUUUGUUAAAAUUAAAGAUGUUGGACAGUUUAUUCAUCAACACUUACAGAUGCAGCCACCUAAUGUUGCCGCAUCCA